AUUUUCGUGGAGUUGAGUCCUAUAAAAUUCGGUUUCGCAAUAUCGAACAGUCACUUCAGUCGAUUGGUUUUAACAAUUCACAUUCAACUGCUUUUAACGGUCUUCUCCGCAAACCCAACAAUUAAAUCAUGAAACUUUUCCUGUUAUUCGCCGUUCUGAUUGCCGCUCUGGCUAGCAUCGAUGCCCAGGGGUGCGUCCGUGAUGACUCCGAUGGACGUCCGGCCUGUAACGCUGCUGAGGCCAACCAGGCCUGGCGUAACAACUGGGACCCCACCGCCUACUGGGUAUGUGGAGCUUCCGGAACCGCUGCCACUGCUGCCCGUUGCCCAACAGAGGGCAUGUUCGAUCCCACCACCCGCACCUGCAUCAACUGGGCCGAUUGGGUUUGGCAGCCAACUUGCAAGCCCCCAAGUGCUCUGGCCUAAUGGUUUGCUGUUUUGGUAAUUUGAGCCCUGAUUGAUUGCGAAUAAAGUGUAAUUUUUUGAA